GGGGAACUUCUCGGGAAGACACGCGCCACCAGGCGCGGUUUCACGAGCAGAGCUACCAUGGUUUUACUUUCCACCCCAGUACUUGGGGCUUCCCAUUACGCCCAGCACGCACACUGGAGGCCCCAGCGCUGGUCGUGCCGCUUGCAUGCUCCUGUCACAACUCCUAACCGUGUUGUUAUGGAACUUUCUCCUUCCCUCCCUCCCUCCCUCCCUCCCUCCCUCCCUCCCUCCCUCCCUCCACAGGCACAAGGAGUGUGAAGCAACAGCAAUACCCAAGGACCAAAUUUUUUAUUAUUUUCCCUAGAAUUAGGUUAAAACAACAACAUCACACACACUCACUCCCCACACACAAUCGCGCGCGCGCGCGCACACACACACACACACACACACACACACACGCAGGCCCUGGGCGAGCCCAAGCGGCGGUGGCGGGCAGGGGCGCUCUCUGCCGCUGUAGCUGCUCGGAGGCCGGGCGGCGGCCGCCUCGUCCCGCCUCUCUCUCCCCGUCCCGGCCGAGCCCUUGGAGUCGUCCGGAAGCGGCGGGCGGUGCCGUGGCGGCGGACAAUAGUGGGGCGCCGGCAGCGGCAGCGGGGUCAGGAUGAAUGAGGAGCAGUUCGUCAGCAUCGAUCUGGACGAUGACAACGUGUGCAGCGUCUGCAAGCUGGGCACCGAGAGGGAGACUCUGUCCUUCUGCCACGUCUGCUUCGAGCUCAACAUCGAAGGAGUACCAAAGUCAGAUCUUCUACAUACAAGAUCUUUAAGGGGCCACAGAGACUGCUUUGAAAAAUUCCACUUAAUAGCAAAUCAGGACUGUCCGCGGUCAAAGCUCGCUAAAAGUACAUAUGCAGAAGUAAAAAAUAUCUUGAGCAAAAAAAUUAACUGGAUCAUACAGUAUGCACAAAACAAGGAUUUAGACUCUGACACUGAAAGCUCAAAAACAUCCCAACACCCGUUUUUUAACUUCAGACAUCAGACUGAUAGAAAAUUACUCCCACAGUUUGACUCCCCAGUACCUAGAUACUCUGCAAAAUGGAUAGAUGGAAAUUCCGGAAACAUCUCAAGCUGCUCACAAAAUCUUUUAGAACAAAGAGAAUCCUCUGAUUUCAGACUUGGUAUGUUACAAGAAACAGGUGCUACAUUCUGCUGCAACAAUGUUUUGUGGUCUAAUCACAGCCAAGCCCAAAAACCAGAAAAAGCUGAAAGUGAUUCAUGCACUGGUGUUCCUCAUCACAGGCAUCCUCAUUACAGCAGGGAAGAAUUGAAUAUGAUGACUCCUGGAGAGUUAAAGCAACUUAAUGAAAAACUUCUCAAGCAAAUCCAGGAUGUGUUUGAGGAGCUGACGCAGCAAGUCCAAGAAAAGGACUCUUUGGCCUCAGAACUGAAUGUCCGUCACAUUGCUAUUGAGCAGCUGCUGAAGAACUACUCCAAAUUGCCAUGUCUACAAAUGGGCCGUGCAGGAAUGAAAACAAAUGUCCCCAUAUAAUGGGAAUACAACUCGUAUCCCCUGUAUAGCUAACUUUCCCUGAUGGCUUUGGUAACUGCUACACAAAUAUUUAGAAGCUUUUGAGGAAACUUGGGCAGCUUGCUCUUUGCAUUCCUAAUCCAUAAGGAGUCUUAUUUUACCACUUUGGUUUUAACAGAAUAGGCAAAUAUCAUAGGUAUUAAAAUCACUGUAAUAAGGCCUAUUCCCACUCUGGAUUUUUUUUUUUUUUUUUGCCCAUAAAGACGCAUGAGGCUUGAACUGACUUUUGUUUUGUUGAUAAUAAAAUUGUUUCUAACAAGGAAUGACCUGAAGCCUGUAAAUCUGCCUACUUUAUACAGAGGAAAAAAAUGAGUUUUGAUCAGAUCUGAUCAUGUUACAUCCAAGAGAGCUUUAAGGGAAGAACAGUAUUAAUGAAACACAUUUUCUUAUUUAUUACAAGCAAUAUUUUAUUAUUGAAAUUUUAUACUAAAUAUUACUAUUUUAGGUACUUUUCCAGAUCUCUUUAUAAAAUGUUUGAAUUACUCUGUGUAAUGUUUAUACCUUGUGUAUGAUUGUUUAUCCUUUUUCAGGUCAGUAUCUUUCAUGAUACAAUUAAAAAAAAAAAUCUUGUUUCCCAAAGAGAUGAAUUUCACAUGUUAAUUCACAUGAAUUUCACAUGUGCAUCACUUAUUUUUUAUCAAAUUUAUAAAUGAAGUGAAGAAUUUAGUUCAUGAGAUGUUUAAAAAAAAAAGAGAAAAAGCACAGCACUUCCGUUAAAAAAAAAAAAUCCAUACUUUGGAUUUAAUACAUAAAAGUUGUUUUUGUAUGUGUGAAAUUUUCAAUGCUGAAAAAAUGAUUUCAAAGAAACUAAAUAAAUUUGUAAUA